GGAAGCAAUGUGACAGCCUGUAAACACCGGGAUGAGCUCGUGCCAUUCAGUAACGCCGGUGUGUAGGCUACUUUCCAGACGGAGUCGUAUUACCUGCCGACUGCUGUCAUGAAAGCGGAGGGGGAUGAUUGAGGAGUCGCACGGUGGUCUGUGAAGAGCUUUUAUUCAACAGUCCUGAUCUGGUGCCGGUGAUGGCCGAUCAUCUGCCUCCUGUCCUGCUGGAAGCCUGUGUGGUGGUUGGAGCAUCAAGUGAAAAACUCAGGGAGGUUUACCAGACCAUUAACAACAAUGGAACUUCAGAGCUGCCCCUGUUGGAGCCAGAGGUACUGCAUGUCCUGGCGCCUCCCUUCUUUAGCCGACCUCGAGCUGAGAGCGAAUCAUUGAGGCCGAAUGGAAAGAAGAGGCGCGCCUUUCUCAGAAAGAAGAAAGAAAAACCUCCUUCAUCUGCAGGAACUUCAAGCUUAGCCCCAGGAAGUGAAGAUAUCGGUGUUCCUAAUGACAACGACCUCAUGGCUUUACCUCAACUCUGCUUCCCAGGUGGGCUCAGAGUAACCAACAAACAGGAAGAUGAACAAUUCCACUUCUUGGUUUUCACUGAUGUCUUUGGCAACAAGUCUCACGGAGUUGUAAUGCAGUGUUACCGACCAAUACUGAAAGGUUCAUCUGUCCUAGAAAACAGAGCUGGGUCCUCUAAGUUUUCUAAGCUUUUCUCUGCCUACAGUAUCUGUGUGAUAUCCAAGUAUCCUUACUUUACAGCACUCAAAGACUGUCUGUCAUGUCUGUUGAUACAGCUGAGAACGUGUCCUUUAUCCGACAUGGAGGGGAGAGUAAGAGAGUUUGCAGCUAAACUGGCGCUGGUGCCUAUCCCCCCUCCUGGAACACUACAUCUGAUGUUUACCCUCCGUCCUCUGACCAUUGUGUUACCAUCCAGAGAAGACAAAGACCACGUAGCUAUAGAUUUAGACCUCCAUCUGCCUUUCCUCUGCUUCAGACCACAGCAACUACUGCAGGUGAUGUCUGGUCUCCUGCAGGAGCAGCAGGUGGUUUUAUUUUCUGCUGACUGGGCAAGACUCACUCUGAUGGGAGAGAGCUUGUUGCUUUUUCUGCAGCCGUUAUCAUGGCAGCAGCCUUAUGUUCCUGUGCUGGCCAGAAGCAUGCUGGACUUCCUCAUGGCUCCGACUGCCUUCCUAAUGGGCUGCCAUCUUAGCCAUUUUCAAGAAGUUGCUGAUGAAAUAGAUGAUCUGAUCCUAAUAAACAUUGAUAAGGGAAGUGUCACUACUUCUCAUUCUGAGACUCUGGGUCUGCCAGAGAUUCCCCAGGCUGCUGCGGAGUGCUUCAUACAGAGGUGUCAGUCCCUGCAGAUUCACUUCGACCUGCAUCAGUGCAGCAGUACGAGCUACAACAUCAGUGAGCAGCGAGCAAUGAGAAGAGCGUGGCAACACAACCUCAACCACGACAUCCAGAGGUUCACACUGGAACUGAUUGUCAACAUAUUCAGGGAUGUUGGCAGUCAUCUGAACUAUGAACAUCGAGUUUUUAACAGUGAAGAGUUCCUGAAAUCCAGAGAACCAUCUGAACAGCUGUUUUACAAGAAGGUGUUGGAGACGCACAUUUUUCAUUUCUUCCUCAAAGAUCGCCUCAACAGGAAAAUGGACGACUUUGCUCGAAUGGAACUCAUCACUCGUUCUGAGACUCAGAAGAUGAAGGCUCUGGUUGAAGUCCCACGCAGACCCACCAUGCAGGAGAUUCAGGCUCGAAGAAAAAGCUCCGUCACAGAGAAACAUCUUAGUAAAAGACUGGGGAUGAGCCUCCCUAACCUUAGAGACGAUCAAGCCGUCAGCUUCCAGAAGAACACACUGCCAAACAGGAUCGUCAUAUCUGAGACUGCCCCGAGAUCUCCUCCUAAGCCCAUACAGAUGUUUAAGCUUCCAGAUUUCCCAGCCUCCCUAUCCUUUCCCUCCAUCCAAAGUUACUACCAUGAACUGAUCCAGCAGCUGGGCAAGACCAUUUUCUCUGCCCAAAACGAGAAUCCUUCUCUCCUGGCCAGAUUCUACUACCUGCGUGGUUUCAUCAACACACUGUGUUCUCGGCGGCUUGAUGCCUUGAGUGACUUCCAGAACCUCUACAAGACAGACACCGCCAUCUUCCCCACACAGCUGGUCACUUGGCUCGUGGACUCACUGCACCGAGAUGAGAGACAUCAAGCCAAUCCUGAGCUCAAGAGACUUAUCCUCAAGGUGAAGACGGAGAACGAGAAGCAGUCAGUUCAGCCUGAUGACCAUGUCAAGAAGUUUGAGCUUCCCCGAAAGAGUCUGCACCAGGAGGAGUUUGUGCGUUGUGUCCAGGAGUGUGGCAUUAUAAAAGAUAUGGCAACAAUACACCGUCUGUUUGACGCUCUCAGUAAUGGCCAGCCAAAGCAUGUGGACCAUGAACUCUUCAAACUUUUCUACAGCUUCUGGAAGGACAUGGAAGCAGAGGCAAAAGAUCCUAACUUGCCCUCUGAGGUCAUAGAUCAUCUUGGCUAUAGCGAGUGUGUGUACAAGUUGUCGUCGUGUGUCAAGACCUCUCAUGGUGUUGGUAAAAUUGCCAUGACACAGAAGCGUCUGUUCUUGCUUACAGAGGGAAAACCCGGAUUUCUGGAAAUCACAAAUUUCAGAAACAUACAGGAGGUGAGGAUUUCCACGGCUCCUUUUCUACUCGUUCGUGUUCCUUCCCUUCGUAUCCAGACCUCUAGCAGGCCUGAGGUGUUUGAGGCCAACUUGAAGACAGAGGCUGAACUCUGGAACCUAGUUGUAAAAGAGAUGUGGGCCGGACGCAAGAUGGCCGACCAACACAAGGACCCUCAUUAUAUGACUCAAGCCCUGACCAAUGUCCUCUUAAUGGAUGCUGUUGUGGGCUGCCUGCAGACUCAAAGGCCAAUCAUUGCUGCCUCAAAGCUGGCCUACUUCGAUCAGAUCAAACAAAAAGUCCCCAUAAAGGUGUCCCAAACUACCUCAGACACUCUGAAACACAAGAUCAACCCGUCACUGGGCCUGGCUGAGCCUCAGACUGUACAUGUGCUGCUUUAUACACCAGGUCAGUUGACCAGCGAUGACUCCAAGGCUGUGAUGAACCCGAAGUUGUGGGUUGCUCUCAGUGGGGGCAAACUGGUUGUAUUUGAUGCAGCGAGCUGGUCCAUGCUGCAGGACUGCAUCGAGGUCGGACAGUUGCAGCUGAACUGCAUGCUGGGAAUGGAGGGGCAGGUGUGGAUCGGCUCUCAGGACUCUGUCAUCUAUAUCAUCGACACUCACAGCAUGUCAUGUAACAAACAGCUGACUGAACACAGACAUGAAGUGACUGGACUCACAGCGGAAAACAGAGCUCAACACAACAGUCAGCAGACAUACUCGUGCAGCAGUGAUGGGACGAUUCUGCAGUGGGACUCAGCCAGUCUCAAAGUGAAGCGAAACCUCCACCUCAGCUGUGACUUUCUCUCCUCCAUUCAGAUCUACGAUGGUACACUGUGGUGCUGCUGCGGGGACAGCAUUGUGGAACUGAGAAAGAGUGGGACUGUACAAAGAAGGUUGGAAAUUCCUGAUGACCUCAAGAGCAUGUCCAGUAGUUUCAGCUCUUUCGUUUUCAUCCCAGAGCGAGGUGAGUUGUGGACAGGCUUUGCAGACUCUGGGGAGCUGUGUCUCUGGCAAACUAACAACCGCAGAAGUCCCUUUAAGAAGAUCAUCCCAGACUGUCCAGGUGUCACCUGUAUGAUUCGAGUCAAGGACCAGCUGUGGGUGGGCUGUCGUGGUGGGAACAGUGUUGAGGGUCAGCGGAGAAGUCAGGUAUUGGUGAUCGACUCGGAGAGCCAAAGUGUGACAAAGGAGCUGCAGGCCCAUUCAGACAGCAUCCAGACGCUCUGCUCGGCUGAGGAUCGCUACGUCCUGAGCGGCUCUGCGUGUCACGAUGGAAAGAUUGCCAUCUGGAAAGUUGAGUAGAGAACAGGAACAUAGAAAGCAGAAAUGAUGCAGAGGUGCCACUUAAAAGGACACAAACGAGACAUUCCAGGUAUUUGAAUGUGACAAUGAGAUCAUUCUCAUGGAGCUUGUAACCAUAUUUGAAUGGUAAUGAAAUAAUUUAUCUGGUAGAUAAGAUGAUUAAAAAUGCCAAAGGCAGCCUAUCAAAGCGACUUUUUGACACUUUUGUGGAUACCAGAGCCCUUCAUCAAAAUAUGAAUGUACAUGACUGACAUUAAGUUUCUGACACUGGACCUUGAUGAUGAUAUAAACCUUCUACACAAGAGAUAUGUAAAAAAAAAAGAUUUUUGUUGUACAAAUGUGAUUUAGUCUAGAUUUCAACAGAAAUUAUUAAGAUUUCAAAAUAUUGUUGUCAUCAUGUUUUGUGACAAGCCUUGAUAAUAAACAAACGUAACAAGA